AUGGAAACCCCAUUAUCCACCAGAAGAGUAACAAGAUCACAGACCUUGGCUGACAAAAGCAUUAACACCAAGAACAAUAUGGAAAUCUCAAAUAUUUCUCAAGAUUUUGAAAAGACUGUGACGAAAUCAAGGCAGAUGAGUAACAAACAAGGACAGGAUCGAUCAGCUUUUAUGGAUAUAACAAAUGAUUCCCCGAUUGUUGGGCUUGCAAUGGGGAAUUUGAAAACCCCAUCAUCAACAAUGUCUAAGAAGAGGAUCAACUGUCAGGCCAACAACACCGGUGGUACCCCGGGCUCGGGGGAGAUCCUAUUGAGAGGUCAGGUGAAAUCCCUUUUGCAGAAAGUUGAAGAGGAGGCAGAGUUUUCGAAAGUUACUUUGCAACACAAGCCUUUCUUCAACCUUGUCAACUCUUCAAUAUGCCUUCUUGCACCAACUCCUGCAAAUACACCCCAAAUUUUGGACCUAGGUGACAGUGGAAAUUACUUGCCUUCUGUUACACCGUCCCCUGUUGAAGACAAGUUUUUGAUCCCUCAGGUGUUAAGUGAGAUAACAGACGCGGUGAAACAAGAUGCAAGGGAGUCUGAGAAGUGUGUGGUUACAAGGUCUCUGCUAUUGGAAUUUUUUGAGAAAUCAGACGGCUCCGAUUCAUCUGUGCUGACAUACCAAGGUGGAGAUAGUGAAAGUAGUGAAGUGAAGCUAUCUACUGAUGAUGAUGAUGAAUCGAUUUGGUCUAUUCAGGUUAAUGCAAGCAGUACUAGAGAUGACUACGAAGAAGAAGAAGAAAUAGAAGAAGAGGUUGAAAAAGAAUGCGAUUAUGACUACAAUAUUGUCGAUGAAGAAGAAGAUGACAAGGGAGUGCUUGAUGAGCUUUGUGAAGGAAUUAUCAAAAUGAAUAUGAAUGGAUGCAGGAAAAUGGUAAAAUUUACCGGCAAACAUACUCGAUUUGUGUACGGCAGUGAUGAUGAACUUGAAGGAGAAGAAGUAUGCAAUGGUGAAAUUGAAUCUCCUGUUUCAUAA